AGCAGUUAAUGUCUUAAUCAACGCCAACCAAGCAAAGAAUAGGUAGGCAGCCAAAGAGGAGAUUCAGAUCCAGCCUCGCCUCCCUCCCUUACUCGGUUUCUCCUCCCACCACCCCCAGAUCCACCCUCCCCUCCGGCGAUCUCCGCCGGCGUCGCCUGAAGCCAGAGGAGGAGGCGGCGGCGAGCGGCGCGCGAGGCGGUGAAGAUGUUCCUGUGGGACUGGUUCUACGGGGUGCUGGCCUCGCUCGGCCUGUGGCAGAAGGAGGCCAAGAUCCUCUUCCUCGGCCUCGACAACGCCGGCAAGACCACCCUUCUCCACAUGCUCAAGGACGAGCGAUUGGUGCAGCACCAGCCGACUCAACACCCCACGUCGGAAGAGCUCAGCAUCGGCAAGAUCAAGUUCAAAGCCUUUGACCUCGGUGGCCACCAGAUCGCUCGCCGAGUCUGGAAAGAUUACUACGCAAAGGUUGAUGCUGUAGUAUACUUGGUAGAUGCAUAUGACAAGGAGCGCUUUGCUGAAUCAAAAAAGGAGCUUGAUGCUCUCCUUUCUGACGACUCUUUGGCAAAUGUCCCAUUUCUCAUCCUUGGCAAUAAGAUCGACAUCCCAUAUGCAGCCUCUGAAGAAGAGCUGCGGUAUCAUCUAGGCCUUAGCAACUUCACAACUGGGAAGGGCAAGGUCAACCUUGGUGACUCCAAUGUCCGGCCACUUGAGGUGUUCAUGUGCAGUGUUGUCCGCAAGAUGGGUUAUGGUGACGGGUUCAAGUGGGUCUCCCAGUACAUCAAGUAGGGCCUUUGUCGAGACAGGCGAGCAUACUUUGCCAUCAAUUUUUUUUUCUUGUCAUUUGUUUCGGUUUGGUUGUUUGUCACAACAGCAAUGAUAUCAUGAGGGUAUGAAGAGAAAAACAAUGCUUAACAUUGGGGACCAUGCUGAAUAUUUUAGCCAUUUGUUAUGUUGAUCUCCGAAAAUUCUUUUGCUUUCCCAUAGGACUUCACUAAGGAUUUAAUGGUGAUGGAUUAUAAGAUUAUUUCUUAAACGAUGUUCUGUUUAUCGGUUGAAGCUGAUUAGUUAUCUUUA